ACAAUAAGAAGCAUGGAAGAGGUGUAUUGUACAGACAGAUGACAGAUGCUACCUAGGUAGCUUGCCACCUUUGAUAUACACGAAAAACCCUCUCCGGGUUUCCCCCCCUUUCCCUUCUUCUUCUUCUUCUGCUGCUGCUGCUGUCUCUUAAUCCCCGAAAAUUAGUUGUUCGAAGCAGAACAGAAGGAACUGUACCGUUUCAACUCAGCUGUUUAGCUAAGAUCGAUGUUUGGACAAAGACGUGCAACCCCCCCACUGGCAUUCCAAAUACGAUCGACCCUCUACGUCAUCACUGCCCAGAUCUAGCUCCACCACAGAUCAGCUCAUCUUCUUACCGCUUCACAGCAAGUGACACUCAUGGAAUUCAUUCGAGAAACUUCCCAAUUAGCAACAUCUCAAAGCCCCAAUUGACAUUCGACACGGCACAAUGACGACCUACAUACCCAAGAUAACCACGAUACCCUACGAUGUGUUUGCCAGCCCGUCAGCCUCCAUCCUCCUCCCCAUCGCGCUGGGCACGGCCGUAGGCUACAGCUCAAGGCCGCAGCAGACUAAAGAAACCUACAAUGCGAUGAAGCAGCCGCCCCUGCGGCCACCGCCCUACGUCUUCGGCCCAGCCUGGACAACGCUCUACGGACUAAUGGGCUACGCCGCCCAUCGUGCGGUAAUGCGCGCCUCCUCGCCACUGUUCUCAUCUCCGCUGGGGAUUUCCGCCGAUAGUCUACAAACAUUGUACUCGGCACAACUCGGUCUUAACUUGGUCUGGAUGCCGUUGUUCUUUGGGCUGCGUCGUCCCGCGCUGGCUUUCGCGAACAUAGUGUCCCUCGUCGGCAUAAACGGGUAUCUAACGUACUUGUACUUUAACGUCGAUGAGGUAGCUGGUUGGUGCAUGGUUCCUUACUUGGCUUGGCUCGGUUUCGCUACAUACCUGAAUGCUGGAGUGGGGUACUUAAAUCGCUGGGACAUCUCGGAGUCGACGCUUGCUACAAGGAAGGCGCUCGGCAAAGACCAGUAAAAGAUGGCGGUUAAUGAUAAUUGACGGUGGUUUGGAUAGGCCCUAGAGCCUCGCAUAUAGAUAUGUAUACUCAUACCCAACCAAUAGCGAUGCCAUGU